GGGAGGAGGGAGGCGCCGCUCGGCACCUGCAGCCUCGCGCCGGGCCGGCAGCCCCGAGAGACGCUGCGGCUGCCCCGUCCCGGGACCCGGAUAAUCAUCAUUUGGAUGAUUUUAGCACCGAGAUUACUGGAUUUUGCUGUAUCUAACCACAAUGAUUUCAUCCUUGGUUGCUUAUGAUGAUUCAGACUCUGAGACAGAGACUGGAAAGGCUGAAGAUCCCCAUAUGUCUAGUAGAAAGACAAAUCCUGCAAGUUCUGCUGUGAAUCAUCUUCAGUGUUUUGCACCUGGUGGUUUAGACAAAAAAUUCACCUGCAAAAUGCAGCCUGCUGAGAACACUGACAGUUCCACUCCAAGCAUGGUUCAUAAAGAUUGCUCUGCAUAUUAUGUACAGACUGAGAGGGAGCUGACAGCUGCUUAUCCUAGCAAAGUAUAUCCUGGCCAUACUACAGGAUACAUAUCCUAUAAAAGCUGUGACCAGGUAUCAGGUUCCUUGAUAAAAUCAGAACUUCUGUCUGGAAAUGGCACCUCCUCUCAGAAGAGAGUAUAUAAAGAUGAUGUUGCCACCAUCUCGGGAAUCCGACCGUAUAUCCCUAAAAGACUACGUCAAGAAAAAUCUGCUAGUGUGUCUGAAAGAAAAGAAUCUGAAGGACAGGGAGAGAAGACAAGUGAUGAAAUUAAACCAGAUAGAUCAGGACAGAAAAGUUCCAUAAAAAUUUCUGAAUUUGUUAAGCCAUAUUUAGGAUCUAAGUAUAAAUCCACUGAAAUCCCGAAGAACUUGGUGUUUCAGAUAGCCAAACACAGAGGUCCCAUUAAUAAAGUCCAGUGGUGUCCUGUGCAAGAAUGGAGUCAUAUGCUUCUCUCAGCUUCCAUGGAUAAUACAGUCAAGAUAUGGGAUGCUGUCGAUACAGGCCGCUGUUUAAAAACUUAUUCCUGUCACUCCUGUGCUGUUCGAGCUGCUCAAUGGUCUUUAUGUGGAAGAAGAAUUCUCAGUGGAGGCUUUGAUUUUAUGCUUCACUUAACAGAUGUUGAAACAGGGGCACAGGUGUUUACCAGCAAAAAUGAAUCUCGAAUCAGCACACUGAAGUUUCACCCUAGUGAUCCUAAUAUUUUUAUUUGUGGGGGGUUUGGCCCAGAAGUUAAAGCAUGGGAUAUCAGGAACUGUAAGGUGAUAAAAGUUUACAAAGCUGCAGUACAGCAGACUUUGGAUGUCCUCUUUCUUCCUGAAGGAAAAGAAUUUCUUACAAGCACAGAUGCAGUAAGCCGGGACUCAGCUGACCGUACUAUUAUUGCAUGGGACUUCCACAGUGCUGCAAAAAUCUCCAAUCAGAUUUUUCAUGAGCGUUAUACCUGUCCAAGUCUGACCUUGCAUCCUAAAGAAUCUACAUUUGUCGCUCAAACAAAUGGAAACUACAUGGCACUGUUUUCUACCCAGAGGCCUUACAGAAUCAACAAAAAGAAAAGAUAUGAAGGGCAUAAGGUGGAAGGAUUUGCAGUGGACUGUGAAUUUUCUCCAGAUGGGGCUCUUCUACUGACAGGAAGCUCAGAGGGCAAAGUAUUUUUCUAUAACUAUCACACUGCUAGAAUCAUUCACACUUUAUCUGCACAUGACCAGGCCUGUGUGAGUGCAACAUUUCACCCAGUCCUUCCAUCACUACUUGCCACAUGCGACUGGGCUGGAGAAAUUAAAGUCUGGCAAUAACUGUGCUGAGUUCUUUUUCAAAUGAAUCAAAUGAAUCUAGCCAGUCUGUAUUGGAUGUAUGGAUGCCGGUGCUUCACCAUCAAUUCAUGUUGCACACAUCAAUUUAUUUUUCCUGUGAAUAUCAAGCGAUCUGUUGUCAUUUUUCAUAUUCCUUCUAGGAUUUCUAGGGUAAGGUUUUCAAAUAGACUAGGUCAAGUAACAGUGGGUGCAUCUACACGAGAUGCUUCAGGCAUAGCCAACUAAUUCUAUUGUGCAUUAGCGCAGUGGGCAAGACCUAUGCUAAUGAGCAGUAGAUAUAGCCUACUAUAUAUUAAUGUUCAAAGACUGUUCAUUUGAACUAAUGCGCAGUAGUGCCAAUUACGGUGCAUUAAGUUAGUACCUGUCAUUACAGGUACUAAACUUAAUGCGCUGUAAUUAUGGCAUAUUAAUGAAUGUAUAGACAAGUCCACUGUGUUCUUGAAAUUUCACCUCUAAACCUCUUUUAUAUUAAACCUAAUCUUCUUACUGUGUUCCCAGUUGGGUUAAAAACAGAUUUUUUUGUGAAUAUGAACGUAUCAAAAAUUUAAAAUGAACUUCUCACAUUAAUGUUAGGGUCUGCUGCUUAGAGUCUCACUUCCUUGGUGCUCUUGCCUGUAUAAACAUUGGGGAACCCCAGCAGGGGCAAGUCUCAGGAAAACGGAUAAUACUUCAGCUUUUUAUAACAGCAUCUUCCAGCCCAAAUGCAACACCGGGGAGGAAAUUUCACCUAAAGAUUACAGGAAGGGGACCAGCUCUUCUAUAAAUAUCUGUUGAUUCUUUUAAUGUGCAUCUUACCAGCUACAGGCUUUGGAAAAGAUCCUCAGAUGGUGUUAAAUUGUCAUAGCGCCACUGAAGGGAAGUAUAAUAGUUAUGGGCCUAUUCAAAUCAAGGAAGAAGGUGGCCAAUUUGGCAGGCAGAUCAUGGAGCAAGCCACCGUUUUUGCAGGCUUAUUGCAGCAGGGGCCCCCCCCCAUGCCUCUGAUUUGCUAAGGGGUUCUGGUAGGCCCACACCCCACUGCUGAUUGGUUAAGUGGCGUGUCUGUCAUAAGACCCCACCCCUUCACCAUCAGUUGGUGGAGAGGGCUCUCCAUCAUAAGGCCCUGCCCCUUGCUGAUGAUUGGUGGAGUGGGGUGGGGCCACAAGACAGGCAGCCUUCAGCCAAUCAUUAGUGUGGGGUAGGGACGGCAACCAUCGUGGUUGCCCCCCUUACCACUUCCCCCUGGCAGGCUGUGUGGCUGGGCAGCAGCAGCCAUGAGGACUGCUGGCUCCCAUGAGGGAGCCAGCAAUCUAUUUUUAGCAUGUUUUCUUGCCCCCCACAGAUGUUGCAAACAUCACCUGAUUUCACAAUUUCUGUGAAAUCUGCAACAUUGCAAAUUGAAUUGGUGCCUAGUAAUAGUUUGUACUACCUGAAGAUCUGCCCCAAAUACUUUUACAUAGUCAUGAGAGAAAGAGAGAGAGAGUGUGUGUGUUAGCGCACACAUUUAUGGGAGGGAGAAAAAGUUCAGCUUAGUGCAUUCCAUUAUCAACUUUGAAAUCUGAGAUAUGCCAACUUUAGAAGUGUACAGCGGUGUAGUAGCUUGAGUAAGUGGGGGUGACUGGGACACGAGACCAGGAGCUGACUUGGGAGGGGAGCAUAAAAAUAGCAGCUGUGAAGCUGCUGGCUCUAUUGCUGUGACCACUGUUAGUAGCCUGGCUGCAGCUACUGCCUCAUGUACUGCAACCACACAGAGCUGGAACUGUCCAGUUAUGCCCCUGCACAUAUGCAGUGUCUAUGCAGAAGUUUCCUUUCAGUUUUGAUGUUUGCUGAAAGCAUAUGCCUUGUGUGUUGGUGCUGAUGCUGCUUUUAAUGUGUAAGGAGAACUCAAGAGUAUUAGUUUUUUGGUUAAUUGAAUAUAUCAGGGUGCUCAAUCCCUGACCCAUGGGCCAGAUCUGGCCCCUUGUCAUCUAGCCUGCAGGGUUCCCUAGGUCCAUG